UGAAACAUAUGGAAGAAAAUAGGCUCGAAGCAUGCCUGCGUGGAAAUAUAGACAAAAAUAACUUAUUUUAAUUAAUGGUGUAAAAGAACUAAAGCAAAAAAGUUUACAAUUAUAUAUAUAUAUACAUACAUUCAUUCAUACAUACAUACAUACAUAAAAAUAUACAUAAAUACAUACAUACAUACAAACAUACUUACAUACAAACAUACAUACAUACAAACAAAAUAUAUAUAUAGAGAGAUUCUUUUACUCAUCUUCAUCUUGGUCAGGGGCUGAAGCAAAGAUGAACUCCUACUCAAACCACCCAUCGUCAACACUCUCAAGUCAUCACACGUCAUCAUCGACGAUGACGUCAUCCUCCUCGGCCACAGCAGCCACAACACACGACCAGCAGCAGCAGCAGCAGCGACGACAUAAAGAUGCCGCCGAUCAAAAUUUCGAUUACAUGUUCAAGUUGUUGAUUAUUGGAAACAGCAGCGUCGGAAAGACCUCUUUCCUGUUCCGGUAUGCCGACAAUUCCUUUACCUCUGCGUUCGUCAGCACAGUUGGCAUCGACUUCAAGGUCAAGACUGUCUUCAGGCAAGAGAAAAGGGUCAAGCUGCAAAUCUGGGACACGGCGGGUCAGGAGAGGUACAGGACGAUAACAACAGCUUACUACAGAGGCGCCAUGGGCUUCAUCCUCAUGUAUGACGUCACCAAUGAAGAAUCAUUCAACGCCGUUCAGGAUUGGAGCACUCAGAUAAAGACUUACUCAUGGGACAAUGCGCAGGUUGUGCUGGUGGGCAACAAAUGUGACCUUGAAGAUGAGAGGGUCGUCUCCACGGAAAGGGGGAAGCAGCUUGCCCUUAACAUGGGUCUAGAGUUUUUUGAAACCUCAGCCAAAGAGAACAUAAGUGUGAAAGCAGUCUUUGAAAGACUUGUAGACAUAAUAUGCGACAAGAUGUCUGAAAGUCUAGACUCCGAGACAGUCGGCCAUACUUCCGGAACGUCGGCUAGCCAAUCAUCGUCCAAACAACUCCUGGAAAAACCCAACAACAAUAACAACAAAGGAUGUCAGUGUUGAAGUGAUGGGAAUGACGGUGAUGAUGAUGAUUAAUCUGGAACGGAAUAAAUUAUGAUAAUGAAACCUCUAACACACGUUACACGCACACACACGCACACACCAUACACACAAACCAUACACACACGCACACACACACACACAUUGAGAGUAUUGGUAAUGAUGAUGACGACGACGAUCGAGUAACAUUACGAAAUUAUUUUUAUCUAUUGCUUGACUGUUUGUUUGAAUGAAUGAAUGAAUGAAUGAAUGAAUGAAUGAAUGAAUGAAUGAAUGAAUGAAUGAAUGAAUGAAUGAAUGAAUGAAUGAAUGAAUGAAUGAAUGAACAAAUUAAUGAUGUUUUCAUUUAUUCAUCCAUUUAAUUUACUCAUUGAAUUUUCUUCAAUCCGUUCAUUAUUGGAUUCUUGUAAUCAAAAAAUAUUAAACCUCUAACACACACUACACACACGCACACACACACACGCACACACACACACACAUAUACAUACACAGCCUUGGUAAAUAGCUUAUUAUAUCAAUGUUCCAAUACAAUCAGAUGAGUGAACCUGCAUAUAUAUAUAUUGUUUAUUGUUUACCAUUUAUGUUUGUUACACGCACACGCACACACACACACGCACACGCACAUAUAUGUAUAUAUAUAUAUUAUAUAAUGUUUCUCAAAUUAGAUAGAUGUUGUUAUUUUACUCUCAUAACAAAUGGUACUAUAUUAUUCCUUUACUAAUUUUUCCAAUUGACAUUAACACUACUAACUACUGCUUUGUAGGAAUGGUGAACUGGCAUCUGAGCUGGAUGUAUUUUUAUGUAACGUUUUUCUAAUUAUAUAUAUUUUAUUUAUUUUUCAUAAUUCUACUUUUUAAUAUAAUCUAAUUAUAUAUAUAUAUAUUUUAUUUAUUUGUCAUAAUUCUACUUUUUAAUAUAAUCUAAUUAUAUAUAU